AUGAAACAUCUGGAUGAAAUUCGCUUAAUCCUUAACAAUAACGCCCUUGACAUUCUUGCAAUUAAUGAGUCCAAAAUUGAUAAUCAGAUUUCAAAUAAUGAGAUACAUAUUGAUGGUUUUAAUAUAAUUCGUAAAGAUCGAAAUAGGUUUGGUGGAGGUGUGGUUAUAUAUGUUCGCCAAAACAUAUCAUUCUCAGAUAGAAUAGAUCUAAUCCCUGAUGAACUUGAGAUGGUCUGCAUUGAAUUAAGUUUACCCUACAAUAAAUCACUGCUAAUAAGCACAUGGUAUAGACCACCAAAUUCUCUUAUGAAUAUAUUUGAUUACUGGGCAAGCUUUUUAGCAAAAUGUGAUAAUGAAGAUAAUGAGCUAAUCCUCAUAGGAGAUCUAAAUUGUGAUGUCAGUAAAACUAUACCUGACCCUCACACAUGUAAGUUGCAAUUUUUAUGUUCUCUGUAUCAGAUAGACCAACUUAUUAAAGAAUCUAAAAGGCUAACUCCUAAAUCAGCUACACUAAUUGAUUUAAUAUUAACAAAUAGACCAGAAAAUAUUUCCAGAUCAGGUGUCAUUCACCUGGGAAUUUCAGAUCACAGCCUUGUCUACGCUGUGAGAAUCAGCAUGUCAAAGCACUGA